AUGCAGACAGGCGGAGAGAAGGAUUACACCCUAUAUGAUUUCCAAGAAAAAUCUUCUAUUUCUGACAUUGAGAUUCCUCUUCUGGAUCUGAAUGCACCCGACGUGACUGUGACUCGAAUAACUCUUCUCUGUGAAGAUGCAGCGAAACCGAUUGUCAUAAAUCUCACAGUGAAAAGCCCAGGCCCCUGUGAACAUUGCUGCAGAAAUGUGUUAUUACUCUCUCGCUUAGAGGAAAAGGCAGUUUUCAUGAUGGGCAGCUACGGUCCGCGGACAGAUGAGUUUGUGUCUGCGAAGGAAGACCUUCCCAAGGGGCUCCCAUCUCGCGGCAACUACCCCAUGAAAUCGAACUUCAUCGCCGAUGACAAGACUGAACACGCGAACCGUGAAUGGCUCCUGCGUCUCAAGAGGGACUGGGCUGAGAUUCCUGAUGCAGAGUGA